CAUCUGCCAGGAAGUGGGAGACUUCACUCUGAAGUAACCGAUAAGCAGGUGUGAAGCAUGAAGAUCAACUCCGCUCUUCAGGCUGCUAUUGACCUCACAGCAGGAGCUGCAGGUGGGACAGCGUGCGUGGUGACUGGCCAGCCCUUUGACACCGCCAAGGUGAAGAUGCAGACAUUCCCCGACAUGUACAAAGGAAUUGUUGACUGUUUUGUGAAAACCUAUAAGCAAGUGGGGUUUCGAGGCUUCUACAAGGGAACCACGCCAGCACUUGUAGCCAACAUUGCAGAGAACUCCGUUCUGUUCAUGUGCUAUGGAUUUUGCCAGCAAAUUGUGAGAAGAAUUGUUGGAGUAGACAGGAAAACAAAGCUCAGCGAUCUGCAGAAUGCUGCUGCAGGCUCCUUCGCCUCCGCCUUCGCCACCCUUGUCCUCUGCCCCACAGAGCUGGUGAAGUGCCGGCUGCAGGCCAUGCACGAAAUGCAGUUGACGGGAAAGAUAAUCCAGGGACGUAAUACAGUUUGGUCAGUAGUGAAGGGUGUUAUUCAAAAGGAUGGUCCCCUUGGAUUUUACCGUGGCCUGUCAAGCACUUUGCUGCGGGAAGUCCCAGGCUAUUUCUUCUUCUUUGGAGGUUAUGAAUUGAGCCGGACAUUCUUUGCUUCUGGGAGAUCAAAAGAUGAAUUAGGUCCCAUUCCUUUGCUAUUAAGCGGAGGUUUUGGAGGCAGCUGUCUGUGGAUUGCUGUGUAUCCUGUGGACUGUAUCAAAUCUAGAAUUCAAGUUCUUUCAAUGGCUGGAAAACAGACAGGCUUCAUGGGCACAUUUGUAACUGUUGUGAGAACUGAAGGUGUACUUGCCUUGUAUUCUGGACUUAAGCCAACUAUGAUCCGUGCAUUCCUGGCCAACGGGGCACUGUUCCUUGCCUACGAGUACAGCCGGAAACUUAUGAUGAAACAAAUAGAUUCGUACUGA